UUACGCUCGCCGGUCCUCACAGAGGCAGUAGGACCGGCGCUCGCGCGUGUCGGUCCACCUUAAAUGCGCGGCGGCGCCCCACGUGACCGUAUUCCUGGAAAGUUCCUGGAAACGCUCCUUUUGUGCCCCGCUGGUCCCGCCGCUCCCGCCGCUCGGUGCCCGGCGCUCAGUGCUCACAUCCAGCCGGGCUUCGCUCCGGGCUCCCGGUCAACGCGCCGCUCCGUGUCCGCUGCCUCCGCGUCGUUUCCCCGCGGGCCGCGCGCACGAGCAGCCCGCCAGAGGAGGCUCCGCCGCGGGUUCCGGACCGGCGGGCCGCUCCCGCCGACAUGCGGGGCUGCUGGCGGAGGAGAAGCCGGCGCCGCAGCCUCUGAGCCCCGCUGCCCGCAGGAAACAGGAAGCAGGUUUCAGAGCUCGGUGGUCCUGCCGCUCCGGGGCUCCGGACCCUGAACCCCGGAGCCGCCCGAUGACCUGCCAGUCCUCCGAGUCCUCCGAGACCAUCGAGGGCGAGCGGCGGGCCGACGGCAGCCGCAGGACGGUGGAAUCGGACGAGAGCCGCAUCGCCUCGGCCAUGAAGGACCUCAGGAAAACGGGUUGGUACUGGGGCGGUCUGACCGCCAACGAAGCCAAGGAGCUGCUGCAGGACGCCUCUGAGGGGACCUUCCUGGUGCGGGACAGCUCGCAGAGGGACUUCCUGUUCACCAUCUCGGCCAUGACGGCGGCCGGCCCCACCAACCUGCGCAUCGAGUUCAAGCACGGGAAGUUCAAGCUGGACUCGGUGGUUCUGGUCAAGCCCAAACUCAAGCAGUUCGACGGCGUGGUGCACCUGGUGGAGCACUACGUCCAGCUGUCCCGCGCCUGCGACCGGCCCGCCGCCGCCGCCGCCGCCGCCGCCGCCCCCCACCCGCAGCCGGCGGCGCCCAACGGCACGGUGCAGCUGCUGCUCACCAGGCCGGUUUACACCGCCACGCCGUCGCUGCAGCACCUGUGCCGCAUCGCCAUCAACCGGCGGACGAGGCGGGUCCAAGACCUGCCCCUCCCCAACAGACUGAAGGACUACCUGACGGACUACGCCUACAACGUGUAGCCCCUUCCCAGCAUGCACCGCUGCUCCCACAGGGACGAGUGGGCGUGUCUCCGUCUCUUCUGACAGGGAGUGACGUUAAAUGAGGCCCGAGGUCGAACCGCCGCCGAACCCUGCGACCCCCGAGGAGACGCUGCAGACCACCCGAUGGGCUCCUCCUCCAGGGACCCAGGAACUUCUCAUUUCCUUCAAACUGCAUUUUCUGAAUGGACUCUGGUCGCUGGUCUGAAAUUCAGCCUCGCUGCUCUGAUUCCACGGUGAUUCUUUAGAUUCCUGUUUAAAUGGCGACGUUUUCAAGUGAAAACGAAAAUAUUUCCGUGGAGUUCCGGGUGUCUGUUCACGGGAGAACGGUGUUUGGUGGUCAACUUUUUGAAAACGGCUCCCCAAGGUGGAGCUUCUCAAACGCUCCGUCUCCGUGGAAACGGGGAAAACACAGUAAAUCGUUCUCCUGCAUGAGUGUCCUGACUCCCAGUCCAGCUUCUCCUGCCCGCUUCAGAAUUGAGUCCAUCCCGCUUCUUCGUCUGUCUCCGUUCGAAUGUCGGUUUUCUCACCGUUUAAUGUUUGUUGUAUAUUCAUCACUUCAUCACUGAAACAGCCAAUAGUGGGCCAUCACGAUAAUUAUAUCGUUUGCAGCUUUUCUGUGUCGACGGACAUCGUUUUCUAAAUGUUGCCGUAAGAACGCGAAGCUUGACUGAAGCGAUGAUGCAAAACGAUCCGUCUGCAGUUGAAACUUUGUUUAAUCGGAGCCUCAGACUCUGAAACCCUCCAGAUGAGCUGACAGUGUCCGUGCAGCAACACUCCUGUACACUGGGGGCAGCAGAGAGUCGAAUUUCUUCUUCUGCUGUUGGACUGAAUGCAUGAAGAUGGUUGAAGUGUCUCACUGUACCACCUGCUGGUGCAUAGUGGUAUUACAGGUCGCAUGAGGCUGUUAGCUUCAGUAAGUUUCUCUGCUUCGUUGUCACUUCAUCUUUAUGUUUUUAUGCUAAAUAGAUUCUUCAGGAAAGCCCCUGCAGCCAAACACAAGAGAAUUAUCUGAGAUGAACACCUAAAGGUGCAGAUUAAACUUGAAUUUUUAAGGCGAUAUUCUGUUAAAUUAUAUUUUCUUAAUUAAGUUUAAAUUUUUUUUAACAAACUUGACAAGUGUCAAUCUUUAUUUAAAUUUUAUUUAUUCCUGCCACACAGUCAAGGACAUCGUUUGUUUUGACUUCAUUUCCCUUUAAAAUCAGACUCUCUGGAGUCUGGACAGUGGAUUAAAAAGUUAUUUAAUGAGUAAAUGUUUGAAAAAAGACCUAUCUGCUCCCAUUUUUUAAUGAUGAUUCAUUUAUUGCCGUGUUGAUGUUGAUGUUGUCAACUGACGUCUCUCGUCGACCUGAACAUCGACCGCCUGAUGUCAAACCUCUGGAACCCGCAGCCAAAACCAACACGGCCGGGUCUCUUUGUUCCUGCGUGUAAACACGGCUCAACGAGCUCUCUGAUUGGCCGAUCGAUGGCCGGUGACCAUGAACGUUGAAAACAAGCGGGCGUCCUCCCAGCUGCCCGUGUUUUCCUCAGAGCCGCUGUUUGACCUGUGUGGGCUCCCGUAGACUUUGAACCUGCGGUGUGAAGCACCUGCGGCUCUCAGCCAAUCGCGGCGCUGCAAAACAAGUCGAAACGAGGUGGAAUCUGAAAUACUAACAGCGUCCAACCGGAAAUCUUGAAAAACAUUGAUGUGCAAGCAAACAAGCAUUGAUAAACAACCAAACUUCAUUCAAACAAGUUUUUUUUUUUUUUGGAAAUGUUUUGGAUCCUCCAAUAAAUUCAGCACCAUAAAUGACUAAAUUCAGCUAAAAAUAUAUAUAUAAAUAAAUUUAGAUGAAAAAAUUCAGUAUUAAAUUGUUCAGUAUUAACUGAACCAUCAGUUUUGAUGUACUUGAAUAAACAUUUUGAAAUAGUGUGAAAAUGUACAAUCCUUCAGUAAACUCAGCAGGUGCGUUAACUUUUCCCAGCAGCCAUUAACUCGGAGUCUGUGAAUUUAUUGUAAUCCCGACUAAACCGGAGUUUCGGAGUGAAGACGAUGGCGUUUGCCUCCAGGGUUUCGUGACUCCCAGUCCAUUCUUCAAAUCGCAAUCCGGCUUCAUCGUCUGUCCUUGCAGAUGUCUGUACUCUCCACUGUUCAUGUUUAUAGUUCUCAGCCUGCAUGUGUGUGGUUUCAUUACAAAAACAGCUGACAGCGCCCCCUUGUGGCCUGGCAUGCUAGCUACAUCGUUUUCAGAGUUCCUGCCGUUUGCCUGUAAAUGGAUGUCGUUUUCUAAGCGUUGCAGUGUGAAUACCAGACUUUUCUGAAUCGAAAUUGCAAAAAAUGAUGCAUUUUCACUGGAAAUGUUGCCAUGUAAACGGGUCCUAAAUCUUUGCCACUGGAUUUAUUAUUUUUUUGCUUUGUCAGCCAUACUCCAUUCAAAAUUUUAAUAGGAUUUCUUGCUGGUAAGUGUCUUUUUUCACCCUGCAGGUUAUGAAAUAAUGAAUAAUGAUUAUGGUCAAUGCUAAAAUAUUAUUUAUACUGUUAACGGUUAGGUUAACUGAAAAUAUAUACAAAUUUUUUAAAUUGACAGAUCUGGAAAACCUCUCAAGAAACAGACCAGAAAGGGUUUUUAAAUAAAAUUCUGACUCCACUCAGAAAAUGUGUGUUUUUAGGAUUUUCCUGGUCAUCAUCCAAUCAGAGGUCUGCCCUGUGGCCCCGCCUCCUCUGGGCAGUUGGGUCACAUGAGGCUAAAGGGGGCGUGUCCUGAUGCUGCUGAUGUUUUGCUCCUCGUGGCCAAUCAGUUGAAGGGUGGGUUUCCUGUUCAUACCUGCUGUGGUGACUUUUUAAAGUAUUUAUUCACACUGUGUUUUCUUUUUCUGGUACUUUUGUUAAGACGCUGCACUGACUUGUGCUCGUUCCUUCUGUCUGAUCAAUAAAGUUUUUAUAUGGUGCU